CACACAUUUACCAAAUAAACUAAACCUGAGCUGGUCUCGCCUCGGCUGGACAUCACAGACCGUGCCGUCGGCAAUAUCUUGAUCUUUGUGAAGAUAGUGUUCGUCCUUCGUACGUUUAACCGCGCGCGCCGAGAUUUGCAAGAUUACUCCGCGUCUCUCGAUUUGCAAGAGGACGAGAGCUCCGCUUCUACAUGUGGCGACAACCCAGGCGAGCGGAUGUGAGUGUGACGACACGUGGUUCAGAGAAGAUGACGCGUUGAAGCAAAGAGGUGCAAAAAUGAUUGUGUAGACUGCAGCAAGAUCAGGCAACAAAUAUACCGUUUUUUUUUUUCGUCGUGCGGCAAACGGCAGCAUGGUGGUGAUCCAGGACCUUGACGACAUCGACGACCCAAGCAUCCUAGAUGCGGAUGAGGAGGAAAAGGAAAAGCCAAAGGACCCGCCCGCACCCACGGUCAAGAAGGGCUUUUUGAACAAAGAAAACCGCCCUGAGCUCUACGGGCCGGAGGGCAGCGAGCAGGGGAAAGUUACGGAAAAGCAGAAGCAGCAGUGGGCAACAGACGACCUGAACCGCGAACAAAACAAAAAACAGGGGCUCGGAGCCUACGACUCAGAGUAAGGCUAUAGCCAUAUUUUUUUUACGUCGUUUUUUUCUCCAAAGUGCCUGUAUCUUCAACUGAUUGCGUCACUACGUACUUGCGCUUUCGUUUUGCUCUGGUGUACCGAUGAAGAGCCAUCGCCUCAGGAGUUCCUAUUUAUUCCACCGCAGCUUCGACAAGCCAAAGUGGUUUACUUCGGAGUGGCCGUCAAAUUGUCAGUACAACAAUCCGGGAUGCAACGUCGAUGCCAUGAAGAAGUCGGCGCACGAGUCCACCCUGCACCAGGACGUGAUCCGAAAAAGCGACAGGUGGCAGGAGGCAAUAUCGAAUCCGCAGGGGGAGAUACGGCUGAGCUUCCUCGGAAUGCGGGACGACGAUUUGAUUGAGCUCGUCAACGCGCUCCGGUCCAACGAGACCGUCGAGCAUUUAGACGUGUCCUUCAACCACCUUCAGGACACCGGGGUGCAGCACUUGGUCAGCGCGCUGGCGCAAAAAGCGCUGCCGGCACUCAAGGAGCUGAGAAUGUAAGUCAAAGCAUGUCACUGCAGUUGCUUCGUGUAUCGAAUGAAGGAAGCAGCUAAAACUACUCAACGUGAAAGUUGUACGUCGAUUUUGGCUUUAACGGAGAUGCUGCCAUUAGGCUCCUUGAUUAUGAUUUUGUCCUCCCAUCGAGAAAUACACUCGGCAAUGGAAAAAGAAAAACUUCACCCCAGAUACAAGAACGAGUUCACGAAGCUUGGCAAGGAGAUGCUGAAGGGCCUAAAAUUUCUUCGCAAGGAUGUCCAGGUUUUGAUAGAGGAGCCGGAAUAUUUCCGACCGUCGGCACCCCAAACGGCAGGCGAAAAAAGCGCAGCAUCGUCUAGUUAGCAGGUGACAACUACAAUGUGUAAACAAGUACACUUACACACACGAUGCAUAAUAAGCUCAAUUAGUUGCAUGGCAGCAACACUAAAAACCUUAUCCCAUUCAAUGGGACCCAUUGCUGCGACGCAUUCAUUGCUUCCAUGAAAAUACUUUCCGUCGACAUCCCACACUGAGGGCUGGUUGGUACUAUCUUUAUCUACCCUCUGUUGAUGGUGCCCGAAGCGGCGCUCAGGCCACCCGAGGUCGUUUGCGCACAAAUAAGGUCAAAAACGUGAUGAAUAUCAGAGUCUGUCAUGCAGUACCACGGUCAGUCUCGAUUUUU